CAUAAUUGUUACAUGAAAAAAUAUAUCAUUUAUAAUUAAAAUACAUAAUAAUAUUUAACUACAUAAUUUGUUUACAUAUUUUUUACUUCAUCAGAAAUAGUCUUUAUUAAAAAUAUAUAUAAAAUACAGCCGUAAAGAUAUCAAAAAAUGAAAUGGAUAACGUUGUGUCUUGUGUCAAUUCUUUUAAUUGCUAUAACUAUAACUAAUACAAAUGCUGCUCCUGAGGCAGAUACUCCUGGAAAUCAAAAUGAAAAAAAUUCUCAAGUAAAAACAGAAAACCAUGCACAGCAUUCAAAUCAAAUAUCAAAUUUUUUAUCGGGUAUUAAACAUUCAAUCUGCGAUCGUAUUACAAAUGGUGCAAACUUAGUGCGUACAGGAAUAAAACGUUACACAUCACGCGUUGGUUCAUUUUAUAAUAAUAAAAAUAAAGAAACCAACGAAAUAAAACCGGAAGAUAAUGUAAAAACAUAAAUUUAAUUAUUAAUUUUGGUAUAAAAUAUAUUAUAUAUAAUAUUUAUAUUAUUCAAGCUAAUGUUAUUAUUUUAUUAACAAAUUAUUAUUUGAAUGUUAAUUUUCUUAAAUAAAAGCACGCACCCAUAAGAAUGUAAUAUUUUCUAAUUGUUCUAAACAUUGCCAUUCUAAUUAAAAGCAUAUCAUUUUUAUUCACAACUUAUAUGUCAAUAGAAAAUAUUAUUAUCAUAUAAACAUAUUUUUGCGUAUAAAAAUAAAAAUCAA